AUAUAAGUUAAUUUCACUUGUCAAAACAUAUAAUUAAAUAUCUUAAUAGGAAUGCACAGUUUUAUAGCCUUGAAAAACAGAGAAUCUUCAGGAUUAGGAAUUUGACAACUAUUUUGACUUGCAACUACGUGAAGAAAGAAUUACGACAUUGUGAAGAGGAUUUUUCCUUGGAUGUUGUGAGGAGACAAAAUGUUCAGGAAAAGUCAACAGUAUUUCAGAAAUUCCAAAGAAACGUCACACACGCCAUAUGGCAAGGGAUGUGAGUUUGAAAGUGAUUUGUCGUUUUCCAAUGAAGAGCAAAAAGCCGUCCGUGAUUAUCCUACAGAGUUGAAGUUCUCGCUUGUUGCAUUUUGUGUUUCCCUCAUAAUCGUAUGCAGCAAACUGAUUAUUAUAAAUAGAGCACUUUUGCAAAAAUUCAUUGUUUAUGGUAAAACAUAUUGGGCCACAUCAUCAUUUGGGGCAUACAAGCUUCUCAGUGAUGAUACGAAGUCCAAGGUAUCGGAGGUGCUACUGACAUCCAACAAUGUUGUCGGAGACAUUUUGGCCCAUUUCAGCUGGCUGUUAUUUCCAGUGCUUGCUGGAUUAGGAAUGACUGUUCUUACUUGGUGUAUGAUUUAUGUAGACAGUUACAUUCCUGGUAUCAAACCUCCCACACCAUUCUCACCUGCUAAAAACAGGAAACAGUGUAGCCCCAGAUUCCACUUGGGUUAUAUCGUGGCUGUUAUAAAUGGUUUACUUGUCUUUCUUCUGAUGGUAUUAAGUUGGAAAUAGAGCUUCAUGAUACAAAAGAAGCUUUAAGUAAGACAUCAGGUGUUGCCAACACGUGAAGUCUUCUGCAGGCCCAGUCAACAGAAGGAAUUGAAUGUGUAAAGAGUAGCAUUUACACUUAGGCUCUGGCAUCUCAGUUUUAUAUAACUUCGUUUAUUUUGCAUGUUGUGUAGCUAUAGCAAUCUCAUGACAACCUCCAGAGCAUAGUUUUGAUAGGAAGGUUGUGACCAACAGAUUUUCAAAGCUGAGUUUUCUACUUAAAGAUAUUUAAAACUUAAUUAUGGUAAUGUUGUCACACUUACUCUAUACAGGUUUUAAGGUUCUUGCAGUGGUGACUAUGGGAUAUAAUGCCUUGCAGUGUGGUGAAAGUCAGUUGAUGUUUGGGAGGAACAUAUUGCCUCCAACUUCAGUGUUGAAGAGUAAGCCAAUCAAGCAGGCAGCAAGCAGAGCUAAACUUUCUGCUUGCCUCUCACUGGUUUCUUGCUUACCUUAAUGCUUUGACCCUGAAGAUGAAAAUGAUAUUCCCCCAAAACACUGGUUGAUUUUUAGUGCUCUGCACAGCAUUGUAUUCCAUGAGAUAGAAUUCUUCUUACUGUGUACAGUAAGCAUAUCCUACAGUGUUAUACAAAAAGUGUGUUUUUACAUACCCUUUCUUCUUCAGUUGGUAGCUCAGAAUGUACAGAAAUUAUUUUAAUUGCAGUUGAAUAGAAAUCAGAAACCAGUUUUCUGUGUAGAAGAAGAGCUGGAAGCCAAGAGAGACCUGUGUACAGUCUAAUUAUCCAAGGAUGGUACUGAAGAUCAUUUUGUGGUAGUCCCCAGGAAACAGGCUAACAUUUGUAUGCCAGCUGUGAACACAAUUCAUAUAGUUAAAAGCAGCACAGUAAAAGAUUACUUAGAUUUUAAAUUUGGAAUAUAAUGUUCUCCUGUAUUUUCAGUACAUCAUAGGGAUAAAUCAGGGUUCACAUGUUUAAGCUUUAUGCAGUCAACUUUAUAAAUGUCACUGAAGGCUUAGGAAUGUUCCCUCUCUUUGGAUUUGGUCUAUGUAUUUUACUGUUCAAACUGCCACACAAGUAAAAUUUACAGAAACUCAAGUUGGGGAAACAUUGCUGCAAGUCAUGGCUUGAUGUGUAUCCUGCCUUAUCUGACAGAGUAUUGAAAGGCAUGUGACACUGAACAAUUUUUCAUAUAUCUGGAUUAUUCCUAUACUCAUAAGAUUUAAUUUUGGACCAUCUUUUGCAUAUUCAGUGAUUUGGUAUUGUAUCAUUUGCAGACAUCUGAACAUACAGCAUAAAGCACUUUCUGUUCAGUCUAUGUUGAUAUACACCAUCUGUAUCAAAAUUUUGACAGUUUUGUUGAUUUGCAGGACACAAAGUGCUUUCAGCUAUGUCUUUAGUGUUCUGCUUGUGUUUAUAUUCAACACACACUGGCUUGGUAAAUGCUAGAUUAAAUUAUGAAGCUAUUGUUUAGUGAGCUAUUAAGACAGAAUAUUCCUGAGUAGUGCACUUAGAUGAGUUUUCCUUUCCCCCAUAUCAUAACAGCUGUGAAAAAAGAAAAAAAAACUCGACAUUAACUUAUUCUUUCACACAUGUGGGAAUUUGUCAUGGUGGGGAUGACUUGUCUCCUGUUUAUGAAAGAAAAGUAUUUAAGUUACAUUGAGCAGGGUUAAAUUAUGGAAUUUCAGGAUCUUUGUUGGCCGAUCACAGUGGCCUCACAGUCUAAGGCAUGAACUGUCCUCACUUGCUCAAACACUGGGAUCAUUGGUUCG